UACGCUUUUGCCCUAUCAAGUUUUUGGCGCCGUUGUCGGGGACUGCCAUACCUUAUUUUUGUCGAUUUUUGUGAGUGAACUAUUUUGAUCGGUGUUCUAGUGUGCAGGUGAAUUUUUCAGGUGUAUCCUCCUUGUGCAUGCCAAGGAGGACGACCGGCAAUUUACUGCCACUUGAUCUAGAGAUAGAGAGGACCUGCCGACAGAACAGGAAGCAAGUCAAGUUAGGGAAGCAGCCUACCACAUCCACAACUCCUAGGCCUUCCCUAACCAAGAACCGUCAACAGAGAGGGCAGGCUUCAUCACCUGUCGUCCAUACACCACUGACACCACCACCUCGUGAGGUUGAGCCAGACAACAUGGCAGACGAGGAUCGAUCAAUCAGGGCUCGUCUGAAUCGAAGGACUGGAGCCCGAGUUUCAUGUGUUGUCAUCCCGGAUGGGGAUGCAACCAUGGAAAUUACCCAGCAUUCAUCAAUAUGAUACGCGAACAUCUUCGACGAUUCGCGAGCAUAUGUGAUACGAUGAAGAGCCCAACUGUGUCUGAUGAUGCAAUUCGUCUUCGGAUGUUUUCAUUCUCUUUGAUAGGGAAUGCAUCACACUGGUUUCAGAACUUAACACCACGUUCCAUCACGACAUGGGCUCAGCUUGAAAAGGUCUUUCUAGAUAAAUACUUCCCACCUGCCUUGGCAAUGAAGAGGCAAGAAGAGAUUGUUACUUUUAAGCAGGCUGAUGAUGAGAGUCUAACUGAGGCAUGGGAGCGCUAUAAGGGACUAUUGAUGAGAUGCCCAAGCCAUGGUCUUGAAGAUUUGAACGUGAUCAUUAUUUUCUUCAAUGGAAUCAGAAGGGAGUUCCGGGAUGCCCUGAAUAAUGCUUCUCGAAAUGGUUUCACAAGCAUGGAGGCACCAACAGCAUAUGAUCUGGUAGAGAAGAUUUGUUCAGAAGCCACUGGGUGGGGUAGUGAGACCAGUAUUCGAAGAAGAGGAGGCUUGCAUGAGAUAGACAAAGUUGCGAGUUUAGAAUCAAAGAUUGAUGCUAAACUGGAUUCUAAGUUCGAUGCACUCGAACGAAGGUUGGCCAAGAUUGCUCUUGGUAGACAAGAGGAGGUUGCUUCAUGUGAACUUUGCGAGGGUCCUCAUCAUAGGGAUAUGUGUCCACUGGGAGCUGCUCAGUUGGAAGAUGUCCAGUAUAUCAAUAAUCCGCGAAGUCAAGGCCAGGGUGGUAUAUAUUCAAAUACAUAUAACCCUCAAUGGAGACAUCACCCCAAUAUGUCAUGGUCAAACAAUAAUCCAGCUGGUGUUCGAAACAUCCCACCUCCUGGUUUUCAACAGCAGCAGCCUCAACCAGAGAAGAAACCCCAGCUGGAGGAGUUGAUUUUGGCUCAUAUGCAGAAAACAGACAAUAAUUUCAAGGGCCUGGAUCAAUUUGUCACUCAACAGCUAGCCAUCAACAAUAAUUUACAAUCGUCUAUGCUACCUAUGGAGAGGCAGAUGGGACAGAUGGCUCAAACUUUGGCAGAUAUGCAAGGCAGGAUUCCUGGGACAUUACCGGCUAAUACCGACAGGAAUCCAAAGGAUGCAAUGGUUGUAGCAGUCACAUUGAGGAGUGGAAAGGCCUUGGAGGAUCCAGAGAGUCCAAGGAAGUCGACAAAAUCCAAAAAAGAAGGAGUUACAGAGGUAGAGAAUGAAGAAAGUGCAAAAGCUGAAAAAUCUGAUGUGCACAGGCAAACUGCAUGCAAUCUGCCUGUGCAUGAGCAUUCUGCCUGUGCAACUCCAAAGGUGAAAAAAUUCAAGAAUGAAGAGGUAAAGCCUUAUGAACCUCCCGCACCAUUCCCUCAAAGGUUAAUGAAGCCCAUGGAAGACCCAAACUUCAAUAAAUUUGUGAAUAUCUUCAAGCAACUUCAAAUCAACAUACCGUUGGCGGAGGCACUUAAACAGAUGCCUACAUAUGCUAAAUUCUUAAGGGAGUUGCUGACAAAGAAGCGCAAAUCGGCUGAUCUAGAGAAGGUAACCCUUACUUCUGAAUGUAGUGCUGUGAUUCAAAAUAAACUACCAGAAAAGAGGGAUGACCCGGGCAGCUUCACCAUUCCAUGUGUCAUUGGAAGUACAGAGUUCGAUAAAUCACUUUGUGAUCUUGGAGCAGGAAUUAAUUUGAUGCCAUACUCAGCCUACAAGAAAUUGGGAUUGGGAGAUGUUCUAAAGCCUACUCGGAUCACACUCCAAUUGGCUGAUCGAUCACUGAAAAUUGCAAAGGGAGUGGUGGAGAAUGUAUUGGUGAAGGUGGGGAAGUUUAUUCUCCCUACAUAUUUUGUGAUUCUGGAGAUGGAAGAUGAUCGGGGAGUGCCUCUCAUUCUUGGGAGACCUUUUCUAGCCACUGGCGAUGCACUCAUCGAUGUCGGGAGAGGCAAGCUGACAUUCCGAGUAGGUAAGGAGGAGGAAAUUUUUAAUGUCUUUCAAGUUUAUCAUAAUCACGAUGCAUCUGAUGACUUUGAAAGUGGAGCUCGAGAAAGAAAAAAUUCUUCUUCCUGUGAUAGUGGACCAUCCGAAGAACUAUCACCUAUCCUAUCUGCUCAGAUUCUGAAAUCUAAGCAAGGACAGAAAUCCUUGCCAGAUCACCUCAAGUAUAGAUAUUUGGGUAAGGAUUUCAAUCUUCCUAUUUUUAUUCCUUCUUCACUGACAUUGAAACAUGAAGAGUACUUGCUUGAGGCUCUGCAAUACCACCUACGCCUCACUAAGGGGUCCAACAUGCAAGCUAAGGUCAUACCCAAUUUUCGCACACCUGGCCCUGCAGAGGUGACUCAUAUGUUGGAUGGAGGUUAUGCAUUCUAUCAUUGCUCGGGAGGGUAUUCUGGAUACCUUUCCAUACCCAUUGGUUGAAAGCUCCAUGAACGUAAGUCUGAGGACGUUAAACAAGCGCUUCUUGGGAGGCAACCCAAGGUAAGUUUUCUUUUCUUUAUUUUUCUUUUUAGUGGUGUCAAACUCGUGCAUGUUUAGAUUAGGAGUUGAACAUUAGGGACAUUGUUCCAUCCUGAGUGUGAGGUGGUGAGUCUUAGUGUUGUUUGUCCCUGUUGCAUGUGGCAAAAAAAAAUUUGUCGUUUGCCUGUGCAAAAAGCAGUCUGCCUGUGCAAAGCUAAUGGCUAAAAAACACCAAAAAAUCAGAAAAAUUAAAAACAAAACCUUGUACUCUUGUGGUAACAUGAUGUAAAUGAUCGUGAUGCCUGGAAAAUGAGUUUGUGCUUGAAUGAAAUCAUCAAAAUCAC